AUGCAGCGGCUGGCCGGGCUGGGCCGGGCCGGGCUUUUUCCUCCGGAGGGGAGUGUUCCAGUGGCGCAGUUACUUGGCUGCCAGCUAGCUCGUUUUCUUCAUACUGGCCUUGCAGUAUUGGCAGCGAAAGAACUUCUGGUGAAGCUAAGGAAGAAAACCGGCUACUCAUUUGUAAAUUGCAAGAAAGCCUUGGAGAAGUUCGAUGGAAACCUCAAAGAGGCGGAGGGCUGGCUUCAUGACCAAGCUCAAAAGGAAGGAUGGAGCAAAGUUUCCAAACUGGAGGGGCGGAAGACGAAAGAAGGGCUGAUUGGGCUGCUGAAGGAAGGAAACUCAGCCGUGAUGGUAGAGGUGAAUUGUGAGACCGACUUUGUGGCCCGAAAUGCUAAAUUUCAGCAUCUGGUUCAACAAGUCGCGGUUGGGACGAUGCAGCAUUAUCAAGAGACUGUGGAGCAGCUAAGUACAUAUGCCAAGUGUUUCCUGGAAACCAGAGAGCUUUCUCAGCUCAGAUUGGGACCUGAUGGAUCCUUGCUUAGUGACCAGUUGGCUUUGACUAUUGGCAAACUGGGGGAGAACAUGAUUAUGAAAAGGGCAGCGUGGGUGUCUGUACCGGAGAACUUCUUCAUUGGCUCUUACGUGCAUGGAGCGCCCCCGACGGGAAACCCGUUGCUUUCUAACAUGAUGUUCGGCAAGUAUGGUGCCCUGGUUAUCUGCAGUCCCCCCGAGCCAUAUCAGAAGUCGAACUUUGUCGAACUCGGCUGGAGGCUGGGCCAGCACGUGGUGGGGAUGGCUCCCCUCUCCGUAGGCUCUCCGGAAGAUGAGCCCAGAGGAGACUCUGAGACAAAGAUGCUCGCGCAGCCCUUCCUCUUGGAUCCUGCGAUCACUCUGGGACAGUACAUUCAGCCCUCUGGGGUGUCUGUGCUAGAUUUUGUGCGCUUUGAAUGUGGGGAGGUUACGGAGACGGCAGAAGCGGAGUAAAC